AUGGCACCUGCCGAGCCCGCUGCCAAGCGGGCUGCAUCUGGCGACCUGGAUGCCGCAGCCAACGGGGACGGGAUGCCACCAGUGAUGGCGGAUGGGCGCUGCAACUCCAGGGCGCUCUCCUUUUCCGAGCUGCAGAGUGCGGGAGCAAACCCCCAGCGCCGCGGCCUGCCGAAGCGGGCCCCCAGCCUGACCAAGCUGGUUGAUGAUUUGGUUGACGAGCUCAAGGGGGACAAGUCCAUCAACAGCGUGCUGGUGGCCAACAAUGGUCUGGGCGCGGUCAAGUUCAUGCGCAGCAUUCGCUCAUGGGCCAACCAGACGUUUGGCAACAGCCGCGCGAUCGCGCUGGUGGCGAUGGCGACGCCCGAGGACAUCCGCAUCAACGCAGAGCACGUCACGCUGGCCGACCAGUUUGUGGAGGUGCCCGGCGGCACCAACAACAACAAUUACGCCAAUGUGAAGCUGAUCGUGCAGGUGGCGGAGCGUGCUGGCGUUGACGCGGUCUGGCCAGGCUGGGGCCACGCGAGCGAGAAUCCAGAGCUGCCAGAGGCGCUGGCGGCGCGGGGCAUCCGGUUCCUGGGUCCCCCUGCGGCGGCCAUGGCAGCGCUGGGCGACAAGAUCGGGUCCACCAUCCUGGCGCAGGCAGCAGGGGUGCCCACCCUGCCCUGGAGCGGCAGCGGCGUUGCGAUCUCGUACGAGGACUGCGGCGGCGUGAUCCCUCAGGACACGUACGACCAGGCCUGUGUUUUCACCUUGGACGAGGCCAUCGAGGCAUGCGCCAAGAUUGGGUACCCCGUGAUGCUCAAGGCUAGCUGGGGGGGCGGCGGCAAGGGCAUCCGCAAGGUGCAGAGCGAUGAGGACGUGCGCGCCGUCUUCAAGCAGAUCCAGGGGGAGGUCCCCGGGUCCCCUAUCUUUGCGAUGAAGCUGGCGCCGCUGUCGCGCCACCUGGAGGUGCAGCUGAUCGCGGACCGCCACGGCAACGUGGUGUCCCUGUUCACGCGCGACUGCAGCGUGCAGCGCCGCCACCAGAAGAUCGUGGAGGAGGGGCCCGCGCUGGCGGCCAGCCAGGAGAUGCUGCGCGACAUGGAGCGGUGCGCGCGCGCCCUGGCGCGCAGCGUGGGCUACCAGGGUGCGGCGACUGUGGAGUACCUCUACUCCAUUGAGGAGAAGAAGUACUACUUCCUGGAGCUCAACCCCAGGCUGCAGGUGGAGCACCCCGUGACGGAGGGCAUCACCAACGUCAACAUCCCCAGCGUGCAGCUGCUCAUCGCCAUGGGCGUCCCUUUGUGGCGCAUCCCCCAGAUCCGCGCGACCUUUGCCGGCCUGGAGGCAAAGCUGGAGCCGGAGCAGUUUGACAUGGAGGCCACGCCGCAGAGGCUGCCAGACAGCCACGUCGUGGCGGUGCGCAUCACGUCAGAGAACGCCAACAACGGGUUCAAGCCCACCGCCGGCCACAUUGACGAGCUCAUGUUCAAGCCCACGCCAGAGGUGUGGGGCUACUUCAGCGUGAAGGGCGGCGGCGGCAUCCACGAGUUCUCUGACUCCCAGUUUGGCCACCUCUUCGCCAAGGGGGAGACGCGGGAGGCGGCCAUCAGGGCGAUGGUGGUGGCGCUGCGGGACGUGCGCGUGAGGGGGGAGAUCCACACGAUUAUCGACUACGCAGUCGACAUGCUCACCAGCCCGCUGUUGUGA